AUGUUCAAGCGUAUCGUCACCGCCGCCCCCCGCGUCGGCUCUGUCGCGCCUCGCGCCUACACUCCCCUCGCUGGCCUUCAGUCUGUCCAGGCCCAGCCUGCUGUUCAGCGUGUUGCCCCAGCUUUCGCUGCCCCCAUCCAGCGCCGCGGAUACCACGAGAAGGUCCUGGAUCACUACAACAACCCUCGUAACGUCGGUUCCUUCAAGAAGGGCGACCAGGACGUUGGCACCGGUCUCGUCGGUGCCCCCGCCUGUGGCGAUGUCAUGAAGCUUCAGAUCCGCGUCAACAAGGAGAGCGGCAAGAUUGAUGACGUCGUCUUCAAGACCUUCGGCUGUGGCAGCGCCAUCGCUUCAUCCAGUUAUCUGACCGAACUGGUCCGCGGCAUGACCCUCGAGGAGGCCGGCAAGAUCAAGAACACUGAUGUGGCCAAGGAACUCUGCCUGCCCCCUGUCAAACUUCACUGCUCGAUGCUUGCCGAAGAUGCUAUUAAAUCGGCUAUCCACGACUACCAGAAGAAGAACCCCAAUGUUCGCUCAACCGACCUCUCCGGGACAGGCGCUUCCAUUCCCGACGUCAAGGUCGAUAUGGGCAGCCCGGCCGCCGCUAUCUAA